AUGGCAACAUUGCUAUUCAUACCAAAUGUUAUGUUUCUAUCAAUUACAUACUCAAUACUUCCAUCAUCAUCCAUCGAUGAUGAUCACAUGUGUGGCGUCAAUGACGAGAAUUACUUAACAAUUCAAGACAAUCAGAAACAAAAGGCAAAGAAACAACAACUUCUUCUUGACACAACAACAGGUGAUUUUCGAUGGCAUCAAUCAGCCUUACAAUCACCGGCGAUGAUUGUUUUUCUUAUGUGUUUAUGGGAGGUUGCACACUAUGCUAUAUGCUGA